CGGCCGCCCACCCCCCGGGCGGCCGGCGCGGAGGGCCGGCCGUGCCCCGUUCCCCCGAUGGCGAGAUGCCCCAGUCGGAGCGAGGAGGCGGCGAGACGGGCGGCAGGAGCCCCCGGAGUGACGCGGGCGCCAGCCACAUCAGCGUGACGCCUCAGGUCAGGGUGCAGCUCCAGCCGCCGGGCGCCGGCAGUGCCUCCGCUGCCGGCGCAGCCCGCGCUGCAGGGCCCGCUUCCGCUCCUCCGCAGCGUCGCUCGCCGGCGCAGCCAGGCGGCCUGUCCUCGGCGCAGCCGAGCACCUCCCCGCGGCCCUCCGGGGUCGGGGUCGCCCUGUCCCCG